CAGGCCUCGUUAUCAUUCCUUGCGGAUCAUCCUCGCUAUAAGACAGAAAAGCCGUUUUACGCUCUGCUUCGCGCCCCACCGGGUCUCGACGUUGAGUUGAUCACGGACGAGGCUGCUAAAGCUUUCAGAAGAAACAAUAAUCUUGACUUCUCUUAUAAAGAUGUGCCCAUACAAAAUAUCCGUGGCAGGGAGGAUCAGUUCCACGUUGAGCAAUGCGGCUUCGAGAUCAUGCAUCAUUCAUCUGCGAUGAUAGACCACCUCGUCAGUUCAUCGGAAGCAAUAGAAGCAUACAAGAGGGAGACAGAGGACAUGUUGAAACAGAAGUUCGACGCCGAAUAUGCCUUCUGCUUCGAGGCUCGUUUGAGGAAGAACCAGCCGUUUUCUAAACGGCUCUACGAUCUGUCAGAUCCUCUAUGCGUAGAAGGACCUGCAAUUGGGGUACAUACGGAUUUCACGAUCGACAGCGGCCCACGAUCUAUAGAUCACUACCUUCCGAGCGAGAUCAAACAGACAUACCUAACAGUUGAUGUAAACGACCUCAUUGCGGCGGAUCGCAUCAUUCCAACCCGAGUUGGAGAGAUCUACUAUGUUCGACACAAUCCUAAUCAAAAAUGG